AUGAAAGCAAGAAAGUCGUCACCUCUGGGUCCUCGCCAUGGGUCAGUCACCGAGGGAGCACGUGGAACUGAGGCCAGAGGUUCUAUGCAAGACUACAACUACAUAUACGCUGGCUGCAUGGAGCUGACCCUGGAGAUCUCCUGCUGCAAAUUCCCCGACCAAUCAUAUCUGAAACACGAGUGGACCAAAAACAAAAAUGCCCUUAUCGAACUUUACAAAAAAGUUCACAUCGGUGUAAAGGGUGUAGUUUUGGGUGCCAAAAAGACCCCCAUAAAAGAUGCCCAGGUGAGUUUCAUCGGGAGAGAUCACCCAUCGAAAACAACCAAACUUGGUGAAUUUUGGAGGUUGCUUCUGCCUGGUACAUAUACCAUAAAAAUUGAGCAUGAAUUCGAAAAAUAA